AUGAUUUGCAACGUAUGUUUAUGCUCGCUCUGCUUCUGGCCACGCUUCGCUUCAAACUAUCUUCAUUGGGCAGCCGGAGCCACCUGGAUUUUAUUCAUUGUUCAAGGUUUAAGCCAACAAGUGAUCGGUCUCCAAGAGUUUGCGAACCAAGUGUGGUACAUGUUGUUCAUAGUAUUUGUACCCUACGCGAUGUUCCCACUGUCUCUGAGCUGGUGCAUUACCAUCGGGAUCCUCACAUUCCUGGCACAUAUGAUGGCGACUAUGGUUCAGAUACACACAAAACCUAAUGUGAAAUACGCAUGUGCCUUGCGCAUUCUGGGAGGAAACGCAUUACUUCAUGUAGCAGUGAAUUUUGCUGGCUUAUAUGCCAAAUCUUUUGUGGAAUGUGAGCAGAGAGAAGUAUUCCUGGAGACGCGGAAGUCAAAGACUGCGUACGAGAAGACUAGAAAGGAGAGCAAUAGACAAUGGCAUCUCAUUCAAAGUGUGAUACCCGAUUUCUUGGCAAAAAAGAUUUCUACCCACUUGUGUGAGGAAGAGGGAGAUGUUCAGAAUUUAUUGGAUGUAGUCACAUACCAGCGACAUGAUGUGUCCAUAUUGUUCGCUGAUAUCAAGGGAUUCACCGAAAUGUCCAGCAAAUGCAGCGCCCAAGAGUUGGUGGAGUUGCUGAAUGAACUCUUCGCUCGUUUUGACAGGUUAGCUUCGGAGAACAAUUGCUUACGUAUCAAGCUGUUGGGUGACUGCUACUUUUGCGUCAGCGGUCUUCUGCAGAAAUAUGAACAUCACGCGCACUCUUGCGUCAACCUUGGACUUUUAAUGAUUCACGCCAUCCGCAAAAUACGACUACAAAGAAAAGAAAUUGCGAUGAACCUGGACAUGCGCAUCGGUAUCCACAGCGGCCAGGUACUCUGCGGAGUACUGGGGCAGCUGAAGUGGCAACUCGAUCUGUGGUCCCGUGAUGUCAUUCUUGCGAACCGCAUUGAAAGCAGUGGCAUGCCUGGCCGCGUCCACAUUUCGUCUUCUACCUUCGAGUACCUGAAAGGGGCCUUCAAAGUAGAACCAAGUGAUGGAGGAGCACGGGAUCCGUACCUUCAGGCGCAUCUCCCAGCCACAUACUUCAUUUCGGUUUUGGAGCAGCCACAAAGAAUUAAGAAAACUUCUGUUCGAAGGCUGGAAAAUGGAUCAGAAACAUGCCAAAAAGUCAACCAGUCCAACCUCUCGGCUGUACCAGCACCGCCGAGACCAAACUAUAAGGCACGUCGUCGAUUACGACGCGGCUUUGAGGACGAAGAUUGGAAACCUGAAAUGCCCUUCGAAAAUUACUAUCAUGGAGAUAGAAGGGAAAGCGAGAUUAAAGGAAGGACUGAUGUUGAAGCCGUUGACGAAGAAGAAAAGCUAAAUCAACUGAUCGAAGCUUGCAGAAGGCACAUGAACGCUUGGUCCUUGCGAUUCAACCGGCCAGCUCUUGAGUCUAGCUUCUCAGUACUGGAUGAAGAGACCUUCAAGUCUAACGUCAUGAGCUGCCUGGUACUGUGGCUGUUUGUGGUAGCUGUGCAAAUUGUAGCGCACUACAAGUGUUUCAGUUGCCGGAACCUGAUGAUUGUUCUCGCAGUAAUGACGAUACCCCUCGUGCUUUGCUUCUUGCUUGUGAUGGUCCAAGAGUUCCCCUAUCUCCACCGCCACCUCGUCGCGUCAUCAGCCAAGAUCAACAGUACACGGAUCCUGAGAGUCAUGCAUAUCUGCUUCUUCAUCUUUGUCAUGUCUCUAUCAAGCACUUUAAAAUUGUAUAUCUGUCCGCUGGCAUCACACCCAGCUGUCACCAACAAUACAAACUACACUCUCCAUAAUUUUACCUCCACUUUGUCAGAUGGUGAUAAUGAUACAGACGAGUGCUACCGUCCGGAGUACGUGGUGUUCACGUGGGUGCUGUGCCUGGUGGCGCUCACCUCCGUGCUCAAGCUGUACUACUUGAUCAAAACCCUGUUGGCAACCAUCAAUGUAGUAAUGUAUUGCAUUCUGCUCGUACACUUCUAUAUGUAUAACGACAGCGAAGAUACGCUCUUGCUAUCAGCACAAAUGCUAGUUCUAAUUUGCGGUUUCCUAAUAGUGGUAGUAGUCCACGCUCGUCAAGUAGAAGUGAUUUCAAGGCUGGACUUUAUGUGGAAGCGACAAGCGAAAACGGACCUUGAGCGAAUGGAGUUUGCGCAGAAUAUGCACAAACAGUUACUCGGCCAUAUAUUACCCGACCAUGUGGUUGAACAUUUUCUAAGCAAGGAUUGGCACCCAGACAAACUGUAUUGCCAGCAACAUGACGAAGUGGGUGUGAUGUUUGCGUCCUUAUCAGACGUCUAUAUGUUGUUCGAAACGGGAGACGCAUUUAAAGGCUUGCGUGCAAUCAACCGUAUAAUACUUAUCUUUGACAACUUACUUUUGGAGACAAAAUAUAAAUGCAUUGAGAAAAUUAAGACCAUCAGUGGGACAUACAUGGUGGCUUCUGGACUUGAUCCCAGAUUUAAGUCAGGAAAGAAUGAUCGGAAUCACCUAUAUGCUCUGGUUGACUUCGCGUCUACGAUAAUAGAGGCACUCAAUGCCUUGCCAACAUACAAAUUCAAAGUGAGAAUAGGCAUUAGCUGUGGUCCCCUGGUGGGCGGAGUGAUCGGCGCUCGCAAGCCGGUGUACGACAUCUGGGGCAACACCGUCAACGAAGCUUCACGCAUGGAAUCCACGGGAGAUUUCAACCUGAUACAAGUCCCCAACCAUACCCGACAGCUACUCAAGGAUCAGUUCAUACUAAAGCUACGCGGAGAAGUACAAGUGAAGGGCAAGGGCCUGAUGGAAACAUGGUGGGUGCCUUCGGGACAAUACUGGACCCCAGAUCCGGAUUAUAAAAACAAACUAGCUGCUGCUCGCCACGAAAUGACAAUACGUAACCUACAAAUGAGUGGACACCUUAUGGAAAAUGAAAUCGACCGUGUACCUCAAGAACGUAGAAGAUUCAUAGACAUCGCAAGACGAGUUGUGAUGCGCGCCUUUCUUCGUAGCGCUCACAGAACAAAUAUAGUGGAGAAAAGAUUGAUUUUGGAUCCUGAAGACAGAUGGAAUAAAUCCUAUCUUAUGCCCCCUGAUCCAUCCGAUGAUGAUGCCGAAGAGACACCUUUGCAUCCGUUUGCAUCACUCUUGUACUCCGUGCAACGAACCAAAAAGCACAUCCAUACGCAUCCACUCUACACCUCAAACGAGUUUCUUGCACAGGCAGUUGACCCACCACAAAGAAAACAGCCAAAUGGCACUAACCUUCGGCACAAUGAUGACCGGGUUUCGGCCAACGAACACGGGCAGGUAGUACCACCGCCGCCGCCGCCACCGCUGCCAAACACGCACGGAGCGUCUACAUCUGCAGAAUCGGUGGUAUCUAACCCACCACCACCCCCACCUUUUCCACAUCUCAGAAGACCAAGAAACUAGGGGACUUGAAGCUAACUACUGGAGUGGGAUUGAGUUCAAUUUUUUUUUUUGUUACUAAAGUUGACAAUUUAUUAUGAGGCGUGUAGGUAAUAUUAGUUUUACCUCAAAGUAAUAAUGGAUAUCUUUUGAAUCUCUGAAAGUGCUUUUGAUUCAAAUGUUUCUCCAAAAUUUUGGUUUAAUAAAAUAUUUUUUUUUAUAUUUAUGCACACUUUAUGCUAUAUCUUCCGUAGUUAAUUCAUCUGUGCUUAUUAUAAUGAGCCAAGUUGCGUAGUUAAUAUAGCAUGUUUAUUUUUAUCAAAAUAUGCUUGUGUGAAAUUGGUCAAAAACUAUGAGGUAAUAUUGAAUGAAACAACGUGUAAACUUUCCAUGUAUAAUUGAUAUAAACAUUAUAAAUAGAAGCGUCUCACACACAGCAUAACUUCUUGCAUACAAGGACCACAGAGUACUAAAUUUUGCAAUAACUUGACCGACUUCAUUCAAAUGUUCACUACAAUAUGUUAGUUGGUUUAUCAACAACGAUAUAUGUAUUUUUCAUCCUGGUUAUAUGAAUCAUACGCUUGAGAAACCCAAGAAGUUCCCCUCGAAGACAUUUAUGUGAAUUCCGUGAAUUAAAACGUGAAACAUAAGCCUCGGAAAACUCAAUCUUUACUUAAAGUUUCGCUUAAAAAGUCUGACAAAGAAAUUGGCAUAGAUUGAUGUUUGAGAAGUUUUUGAAAUUAGAGAAGAAUAUCAUUAUUCCGACCUUUUUUGAAAAUUUCAAUAUCAUACACGUAUGCAUAAUAAUAUAGGAAGUCAAGUUAUUGCGCAUUUAAUAAUCUGUUUUGCACUAACACUACGGUAACUACUUGUGACACAUUGAUACAAUGAAACAAGAAACGCUCAUACAUUGCUGGGUAUGUUAACAACAUAUCGUUGAAUAUCAUUUGUAAUUGGAAUAAAAAUCGUCAAUGUAUAAUGAACAGACGCCAGAAAAGCAAGCUGCCACGUUCUGUAAAAUUUCUUUAAUAGAUUUUCAACUUUAUCUCUAGAUUAUAAGGUUCAAUAUUCAUUGGGAAAAAAUUACAGAUUCGAGUGGGUUGCUGUGCUAGCGUCUGUAAAUAUACUUUGCGUAUAACGUGUACUACUUCAUAGACGGCCAUUAUACAACGAGGAACAGACGUAUGUAUAGAAUAUUGAACUUUAACGACAUCAAAAUAAGAUUUAAAUUCAUUCACUACGACACCUUUAGCGGCUAUCAUGAAUAUUGUGCGUUUUUACUUAACAAUUAAUAUUAUUGUUCUGGGCAAGUUGCUUUACAUAAAAUUAAUAUGAUUCAGACUCCUUUAAAAUAGCAUUGUACAUAUUAUCUGCAAUAAGACCUACCUCCCAUAUAUAUUUUUUUCAUAAAACAAUAGCAGAAUUCUCAAUCUCAAGCAGCAACUUUGCGUUUCAAAAACGUCGUUAAUAAAUGCAUUUAUAAUUAUUUAAAUCAAAUCACAAUUAAAAAGAUUAGAAAACUUAAUGAUUCAUAUCUGUGACUAUUUAUUUAUUAACGUUAUCAAUUUAUUGAGAAGACAAAGCAAAGUAUUAUUGUAAGCACAAAUAAUUUUGAUCUUUAUUAAUAUAUUCAAGGUUCAUAUUUGAUUGAUAUCUUGGAUAGGCUAUUUCGUUUCUUUAGUUACGGUUACCAAGCAAACAUGAAUAUUAACAUUAUUGACGUAAAGAAUAAAUUUAUUUGACCAUAAUAAAAAAAAUAAGCAAAAAAUUAAUUUUCGUGUCCGUCGUGUCCAAAACGCUUAUGACUAGGUAUAAAAUAAACAGCCGUAUCGAGGACUCCGGCCGACUUGCACUUUCGAACAAUAAUAUAGUAGGUAGUCUAAUCUCAUCCUUAUUCUCUACUACAUAAAGUACAAAUUUGCUUAUCAUUUCAGCUUUGAAAAGCUGGAACUAUGCAACCUUUUAGGAUAUACAAAGGAUAUAGUAAGUCUGGUUUUGAAUGAGCAAAACUGUACUAUGUGCAGUAGGUUUUAAGGAAUAGAUUAGAUUGCACAACUGAGCACUUAUACAUUUGUAUUUUAAUGUAACUUGCUGUAUUAGUGACGUCAUUCCGAUUCUUAUUCGAUGAAUAACAAAGUCAGAUUGUUUUACCUUUACUGGUGCAAGUCAGCCUUAAACUUCCUUAAAUAAUAACAUAUUUACAUGAAAAUUAGGACUCCGAAGCACCGAUGACAUUAUUACGUAAAAUUAUGACGAAUAUGUAAGGGAAUUUCAUAGAACAAAGUAUUUCAAAGACCAAUCUUUGCUUCUGAAAAUAAAAUAAAAUGCAAAGAUAAUGGUAGGAAGCACAACAGUCAGAGAGAAAAAAAAUAUAGUAAAUAGAUUUUGAAUGUUUUUUUUUUUGUCAUAAUAAAAUUCCCUUACUGUUUAUGUAAAAAUUACAAUCAUAAAAUUAUAGAAAUUAGUCCAUUAAGAAGAAACGUUAGAAAUAUAUAUAUUUUUUUGAUUUUAGGAAUAGAACAUUUUAUCACCAGUGACAUUUUUAUUGAGUACAAAUUACUGUAAAUAUUUUUAAAGAAAAUUAUUUUCAAUCAAUCUCGCCUUUAUAUUAACUCUGUAUAUUUCAGAAAUAAAUAAAUAUUUUUCUGUUACAACUGUUAUCUGAAAAUAUGUUGUUAUAUUUAAUUAGAAUAUUAUGUAUUUUAUUAAUAAAGGACGAAGAUUUUAUAUUUUUA